AUGGUCAAAAGGGACGUGAACCCCCGCCCGUGAACUGGGAUACAAACGCUCCUGGAUUAUAUCUAAACAGAAGAGAUGGCCAGUUCUGGAAGCGCCAUGAAAGGAAUGCUAAAUUUGUUCAACCUUCGCCGUCUCUUACACCCUCCAUUACCUGGGUUCUUGUCUCAAUGCCACUGGACAAGAGCCAUCUUCCCACCGAUAGUCCAAAAGAAUUACUGCACCAAACCUACAAGUCCUAUCGGGCGCUACCCUAUUCCUUAUAAGAAGGAUCUUCCAUAUGACAUAGUGGAGCUCAUGGAAGAAAUGGAAACAAAGAGUGGAUUUUUGCCAAAUGUGUUUAAAGUACUGUCACAUCGACCUGCUGAGUUUAGAGCUUUCUUUGCCUAUUACAAUGCUCUUAUGAAUAAAGAAACCGGCCGACUCAGCAAAGCCGACAGAGAACUUAUAGUGGUGGCUACAAGUAUCAAUAACCGCUGUCUAUACUGUGUGAUUUCUCACAGUGCUCUGCACCGAAUCUACUCUAAAAACCCAACUUUAGCCGACCAGGUGUCUGUGAACUACGAAGUGGCUGAGCUCCAGGCCCGUGAGAGGGUGAUGCUGGAUUUCGCUUUGGCGAUAAGCCGAUGCGACAACAUCACAGAGGAGCACUUUAAGAAGCUGGAGGCCCAUGGUUUUGACCGUGAAGACGCGUGGGACAUUGCAGCAAUUGCUGCCUUUUUUUCAUUGUCCAACCGCAUUGCUCACUUCACAGACAUGCGCCCCAAUGAAGAGUUUUAUAGCAUGGGCAGACUGCCUAGGGAGAAAGAUGGAGAGCCCAGGAAAUGAAUUUAAUUAUCAAAAUGGUAUGUUUGGUCCUUCAUUUAUUUACAGUGCACUGCCAAAACAAGCUUCUUUUUAGUGGACUUUCUGCAUAGGAGUUUUGGUACAGAAAUGUUUCUCAGAGCUGAAUCUAAGGAAAUAGGAGGCUUUCAGCCCUGCUGGGAUAUUUGCUGUCAGUUUUGAAUAUUGUCAAAAAGGCUUCUAAUUCAACCAAAGGCGUAUGUUUUUCAUGUAGUUAAAAGGAAGUAAUGUUCUUGUGACUGAGAACCAAUUCUUCAAGACUUUGAUUAGGGUACUAGUAUUAUCAGUUGUUUAUUUGCCGUGAAAGGUAUAUUUAUGAAAUCUAUAGAACUGAAAAGCAUUCGGGGGGGGCGGGGUGGAAGGUGGGGUGGGAUGGGAUGAAGAGUUCUAACUUUCUUGAUAACCAACAGACUAUCAUUUGGAUAUAUAAUGAGCUGGGAAGUAACCAAACAGGUUCACCAUGCUUGUUGUUCUUCAGGUUGAGUGGUAAAGUGAAACAUUGCUACUGUAGAUGGGGGUUCUCCCAGUGCUUGUCAGAACAGCAGACCUAUUUUCUACUGGCCCAUACUGGGAGGUGUGUCUAUACAGUUAAGUGGAUAACCCUGCUUCUCUGCUGUGGCACGGUUUUGAAGCUUGUGCAAAGGUUUCCUCUUUUUUGUUUUUUUUUUGUUUUGGAAAAGCAAAAUUGUAAAACUUUGCACUAAUCACCUCUUUGAAAGUCUGAUCUAUAAAUAUGCAGUAGAAAGUUUGUCUAUACAAGUACAUGUUUGUGUGCUGCAUUGUGUCCGCUUUGAUACUUUAUCUGUUUGCCUUGAAUUAUGAAGAAACUUUUGAUUCUAAAAGAACAUUGUUAGUCAUUAUAACAAACUAUACUCCUCUCUCUCUAUAAUAUGUCAUUCAAAAUAGAACGCCUACCAAAAAGUGAAACUUCCACAGAUGUACUGUAAAUUAAAAACAAAAUGUAAAAAUAUAAUGUACUGAGAAAAGCCCAGCUAAAUUUUGUGGAGUUAUUUUAUAAUCUUAUUGUUCUCAAAAUCCAUGUACAUGAGGUCUUGCUUAUCUCCCCUUGGAAAAACACUUGGAAAUAAGAGGCCUAAUUUACAUUUUAACCUUAAUCCCCAUAACAACAUGCCUUUUGAUAUUGGUACUAAUUUAAACAAUUUGUCAAAUGAAUAGCCUCUGAGAUUGGGUCCCCAACAACAUUUUAGGGAACUAGGGUGUUUGUAUUCCAUUGUCCAAAAUAAAAAAUAAAUAAAUAAAAAAAAACACCACUGCUCUGCAGUUUGGAUUUGUGUAUUUGAUGUAAUAGGGUUAUGACAUGGAGUAAUGUUUCUUGUUUUGUGGAAUUUUAUUUCUUUGCUUGUGUUCUGUAUGGCUUAUAAUUGCAUAAAGUUGUUAAACAUUUAAAAUGCCAUGCAUUAUGGGUCUUCUAUUAAGCAAUUUAUUUACUGUAAAUGGUGGUUAUAAUAAAUCUGGUUUAGCUUUCACAAUUAUGAAUGUUGUGCAUGGACUACUAUUUGAAUAUUAGUCGAACAAAGACGCAUGAAAUGUCUGCAGAGGCAGAAAUUAACAUUUUUUUUUCUGGAAGUAUCGGAUUUUAGUAUAACCAUUAUGCCAGACUGAAAUCAUUGCAUUAAUUGACAUCUGAAAUAAAUCAAUAAAAAACAAAAAAAUUGUAUCGCA